CAGGAGGACAGGAGGCGGGGAGCGGAUGUUGCCCUUGCGUCAAGGAAAACCGUGCCUAGCCCAAGAUAUCCAUAGGGAUUACCUCAUCACUUAUUGAGGAAGCUGAAGGGCACAGGGUUUAGAAAUCCUGACCCCGUAUGUUUUCAUUCUCUGAACGGCUCUCCCAAAGCCGAGGGAGCACAUAAGCGUUGUGUGACCCUUGCGUCUUAACUGGAUUCCAUGAGUUGGAGAAAGGAAAUGGGGUCGGCAAGACUCGACCGAGAAGGAUGAAGGGGAGGCCUGGGUGAGCUGUCAUCCUCCAGGGAAGCCAUCUUUGUAUGGCAGCCUGACUUGUCAAGGACUUGGCCUAGAUGGCGUCCCUGAGGUUACAGCUUCAGAAGGGUUUAUUGUGAAUGAAGUCAACAAGGCCUGGCAACAAACCCUAUCUCUUCAAACAGCAUUGCUAAUUACUCCAUGAACCUGCUGGGUGGGUUCAGACAAAAAGCAUUCAUAUUUCCUGUCCAAAGGAAAAUGCAUCUUCUAAGUUUUUGGCACCAUAUACUACUUUUUCCAGAAUUCAUACAAAGAGUAUAACAUGCCUGGACAUUUCCAGUGGAGGAGGCCUUGGUGUGUCUUCUAGUACUGAUGGGAACAUGAAGAUCUGGCAGGCUUCCAAUGGAGAACCCAGAAGAGUAUUGGAAGGACAUGUGUUUGAUGUGAAUUGUUGCAGGUUUUUCCCAUCAGGCCUUGUGGUUCUGAGUGGGGGAAUGGAUGCCCAGCUCAAGAUCUGGUCAGCAGAAGAUGCUAACUGCGUGGUGACCUUCAAAGGUCACAAAGGAGGUAUCCUAGAUACAGCCAUUGUUGAGCGGGGGAGGAAUGUGGUGUCUGGAUCUCGAGAUGGGACAGCACGACUUUGGGAUUGUGGGCGCUCAGCCUGCUUGGGAGUCCUUGCAGACUGUGGUUCCUCCAUCAAUGGAGUGGCAGUGGGUGCUGCAGACAACUCCAUAAACCUUGGCUCCCCAGAGCAGGUGCCCAGUGAACGAGAGGUUGGAACAGAGGCGAAAAUGCUGCUGUUGGCCCGGGAAGAUAAGAAGCUUCAGUGCUUGGGACUACAGAGCAGGCAGCCGGUUUUCCUCUUUGUUGGCUCAGAUGCCUUCAACUGCUGUACUUUCCUCUCUGGCUUCUCACUAUUGGCUGGGACACAAGAUGGAAACAUUUAUCAACUGGAUGCAAGGAGUCCAAGGGCUCCAGUACAAGUCAUCCACAGAUCAGGAGCACCAGUUCUGUCCCUGCUGAGUUUCAGAGAUGGAUUCAUUGCUAGCCAAGGUGACGGAAGCUGUUUCAUCGUUCAGCAAGACUUAGACUACGUCAUUGAGCUCACUGGAGUGGACUGUGACCCUGUGUACAAGGUAGCCACAUGGGAGAAACAGAUCUACACAUGCUGUCGAGAUGGUCUUGUGCGACGCUAUCAGCUUUCUGACCUCUGACCCCUUGGAAGGAGAAUUCCCAGUUACUGAAAUGGAUUGAGCCUGAUCAACAAUGAGCAGAAACUUCACGGGUGCUUCCCCAGGUCCAUUUCCCCACAGUGCCUGGGUGCCCCUUGGAAGCCCCAGAAAAUCCGCUGUACUGGCCCCCGAGGAACUGUCAUCCCUGGACGCGUGAGUCAGAAGCUCCCAUUCGCUCACUGCCUUUGCCCCAGCUUCUCCUUGUGUAAACUCAGCCCAGCUGCACAGUACAAAUAUGUGGAUGCUCACAGUUUGUUCUCAUACCAGUUAUAUUAAAAAUGUUUACAAUGAACAGACAACUAAAGCCAUUUCUCUGGAGAAAAUAAAGAAAAUAUGUUUGGAGGAACCUGA